CAUCCGUUUGUCGGUUUCUCACAAGCCUUGAAAAUUAAAGCUGAUUGCUCUUCCCCCUUCAUAGCUCUCUCAAUCACUCUCUCUCUAAACCUGCUUCGGUGUUGAACGUUCUUUCGUGUUGUUGAGAAACCAAUUAUACAAGGAUGGGUCGUGGAGUAAGUGCUGGAGGUGGGCAGAGUUCAUUGGGUUAUCUGUUUGGAGGUGGAGAGGCUCCUAACAAGCCUCAACCUGCUCAGAACCCCGAAAAGGUUUCAAAUGAUCCACCUGCUCCCAAGCCUUCAGCUGCUGCUGCUGCUUCCCAACCUGCUGAUGCCAGUAAGCAAGUUCCUGCAGGCAUUCUCAGCAGCAAUGCAAACAACUAUACCCGUGCAGAUGGUCAGAAUUGUGGCAACUUUCUUACGGAAAGGCGCUCAACCAAGGUCCAAGCUGCACCUGGUGGUGGCUCUUCCCUGGGUUACCUAUUCGGUGGCGAUGGCAAUGGCAAGUGAAUUUGAAUAUCAUUACUGUAUUUGAAGGGAUUCCUUUACUACUAUCUAGACUUGGCUGCUCUGAACUUCCAGAUUAUGAAUAUCAUAAGUGUAUGAAUGUGAAACAAGCGUUUUCUUUGCUUGGUAUCUUUGCGAAUACUGUAUUGUAUUCUUUAACUU